AUGGCUCUCUCAGAUCUCUCUAUGGCUUUUGCCACAAUUGAUGGAGGUGUCCUUUUGGAAAAACAAGUUCAGGAUUGGUAUUUCACAAUAUAUAAUGUGGGGCAAGUUCUUAUUUUAUUUAUAAACCAAAGAACUGGAGAACUGAACCUUUUGCCUUCUUGCAACAGGGUCUGCCAUCUAGCAGGCCAUUUGAUCGAGGCACUGCAGAAGCGACAACCAGAGUUGAACAUCAACCAUAGGGAUAUUUUGUGUGUUCAGAUCGCUGGUCUUUGUCAUGAUUUGGGUCAUGGACCAUUUUCACACAUGUAUGAUGGAAGGUUCAUCCCUCGUGUUUGUCCAGGAACUGCAUGGAAGCAUGAAGAUGCUUCUGUUAAGAUGUUUGAACACUUGAUUGAUUCCAAUGAUCUAAGACCAGUCUUGGAAUAUUAUGGUCUCAAGCCGGAUGAAGAUAUAGACUUUAUCAAAGAGCAGAUAGCAGGACCCAUUAAGACUGAAGAAAGCAGUAGUUCAUGGCCUUACCGUGGGCGACCUGAAGAAAGCUUUCUUUAUGAGAUAGUGGCCAACAAAACAAGUGGCAUCGAUGUUGAUAAAUGGGAUUACUUUGCCAGGGAUUGUCACCAUCUUGGAAUCCAGAACAACUUUGAUCACGUACGCUUCAUUAAAUUUGCUCGUGUCUGUGAAUUUGAGGGAAAGAAGCAUAUUUGUACCCGUGACAAGGAGGUUGGAAAUUUGUAUGACAUGUUCCACACACGGAAUUGCCUGCACCGCAGAGCCUGCCAACAUAAAAUAAGCAACAUCAUUGAAAUUAUGAUUACAGAUGCCCUUUUGAAAGCUAACCCACAUAUCCGCAUAAAGGGAUCUGGAGGGGAAGAGUACAAUAUCGCUACAGCGCGAGAAGACAUGGAAGCCUACACUAAGCUAACAGAUGAGAUCUUCUUAAGCAUUCUUCAUUCUGAUGAGCCCAACCUCAAAGAAGCACGGGAAAUUUUAUGUAAAAUAGUGCGGCGUGACCUGUAUAAGUACCUGGGAAAGACUCAGCCCCCAGAGGGCAAGGAAAUUCUGAAGGAACGGUGUAGUAAGAUAGCUGAAGAAAUUGCCAAGUCCCAGCCCAGUACAUUAUCUCACAAGCCUGGAUUAAAGCCUGAAGACUUUAUUGUUGAUGUUAUCAAGAUGGAUUAUGGAAUGAAAAAGAAGAACCCUGUCAAUAACGUGGGUUUCUACUCAAAGUAUAACCACAAGAAGGCAUUCAAAAUUUCUAAAGAACAGGUUUCACAGCUCCUACCAGAAAAAUUUGAAGAGCAGCAAAUCAGGGUUUAUUGUAAGGCAGCGGAUGAAGAGACUAUCCGUGAUGCUAAAAAAUAUUUCGAUCAGUGGUGUGAAAGUCUCACUAAACCACAGGAUGGUGAUAUUGUUGCCCCUGAACUUACACCACCAAUGAAAGCAGACUGCAGUGUACACAGAGAUGACAAAAACCAUAAUUCAAAGGCCAGAAGGAGACUUGUAUUGCAUUGAACAGCUUUAAUAUCUGUUGUUUGAUUAUGGUUUGUAUAAGAAGGUUGUGUUAUAAAAAAAUGUAAACGUAGAAAGAAAAUUAGUAGUGGAAAAUGUCAGUCUUAGCUCAAAUGAGUUAAAAUUCCGUUUGUUGCAGCUUCCAACAAAGUAUUAAAAUACAAUAGGUUGUAUCCAAUGUAAGUCCUAUUAAGAGUAGAACCGCUGAAAUUAAUGGACAUGGCUAAUAUAGCUCCAUUAAUUUCAGUGAGUUUGCUCUGAGUACAACUUAGUUGGAUAAAAUUCAAAAGCUUUUGGGGAAAAACAUAAAAGAAGGGACAAGCCUAUGCUAUUUGCCUAUCUUCUGUUUAUGAUAAAAGUGGUUAUCCUACUGUUCUUUCCCCUCAAAUCAUGAUAUAGUCAGUAUAUGUUCAUUUAGAGCUAAACAUGCCUUGGCACAAUCAAGGAUAUACUAUUUUAUAAAGUUAUUUUUUUAACUUCAAUGCUUACCUUUUAUAUAAUCCAACAAAAUACUCGCAGUACCAAAAUAAUCAAUUAUUGAAUGUAUCCUAGCCAUUAAGCACUAGGUAGAGAGGAAAUGAGCUGGUUUGUAUAGAGAGGCAAACAGCUGUUUUGCCUGUUAUGUUUCAAACCGACUUGAAUGUAUUUUUAAUCUCUCAUAUUUCCACAGAUUUGUUGUCUUUGUAUGGAAUAGUAUAUAUUGUUCAUUAAAAAAUUUUUUGGGGAGAAACACAGUUUUAUGAUGUGGCACUUUAUGCUGACAGAAAAUGGGUUUGUGUGUGAGACGUGUGCUGUUAAAUGUGAGAACAGAGAGUUUCUGAAGCUUCAUUUAACAAACCUAAGGCUCAGAAGAAGUGUAUACACCAUUUAAGAACUAUGAAUUGGGACAGAGAGAUGUCCUUCUGCAAACGGAAUGGCUCCUCGUUGCAGAAGGGACUACAGCAAAGGUACCUACUGUAGGAAGCUGGAAAGCCACUUACACCAUCAACCCCCCGGUGUCUCUUUCUGUACUGUGCACAUUUACAGGGCCAUUGCAGGGGGGAGUUGAAUCCCGCUCCCUUCACGAGCAGGAUCUGCUCAAAGUAAUGUUGGAUCCAUGCCAGUGUUUAAAAUGAAGCUGUGUCAUGGAAUUCUUUUAAAACUUAGGGCUGAAAAAUUAAACGUUUAGGGCAUUAUCAAGUGCUCGGUUGAAUUUACUCCCAGCACAUGGCACCUGAAUCUAGAAUUAUUUCACCAGAACACACUUUCACACAACACGCUUUCACACGAGCAGAGAGCUGUUCAGAAAUAUCCAACAUUUCUAGUGGUGCAGUCAGAGUACGGGUAGCUAACCUGUGACCUUCCAGAUAUCAGUGAACUGCAACUGCUAUAGUCCCUGACUGUUUGCCAUGUCUGGUGCUGAUGUGAAUUGGGAGUCCCAAAAACAUCUAGACUAGACUAUACAAGAAGAGACCUCAAACUCAGUGGCUCAAUUGUUUGAGCUCCGUAAGAUUGGAUUAAAAGGGAGCUGCUUGCAUCCUGAGCCUUUGUUUUGACAUUAAAUUGCUUCAUAAAAACAGGUUAAGGUAACAAUACAUAGAGCUAUUUUCUCCAAAGCUAUAUUCAAUUGUCAGACUGGUUAGAAUUAUAAUUAUAUAUUUUGUGUGCCUGUAUAUAUUAAUCUUUUUUCCUGUGCGUAUCAGCUGAGUAAUAAAACCCCUGAUCUUUAUUGAAUUGUUGCAACAGGGUGCCCCCUUAACAUGCAGGAGGAGGAG